CAUCGCACUUGAUCUCUUCUCACUUUAUUCAUUUACUCAUUCAUUGGUACCAUGACAUCCUCAGUCUCUUCAUUCAUUCUUCGGAGCAAUGCCUCUUCAAAUGUCCGCACUUUACGUUCCCUUGACGCAGUGACUCUUCCGAGGACACAACGUCAGCCCAUCCUUUCUGUAAGAUAUAAAAGUGACUUCAUCAACCGAUCGUAUAGUACCAACAAGGGUUUACGUCCAAAGGGACCAGGUCCUAUCCCUUUAGGAUCUGCCAAAGACCAGGCUGAGUUUGAGCAGCUGAUUAAACAAGCAGAAUCUGGGCCGGCUACAAAUCAUCCAGACGCAAAGACACCCGUGCCCGAGGAAUUUGAAGGAGAUACCAAUCCUCAAACAGGAGAAGUAGGGGGACCUAAACGAGAACCAGUCCGCUUCGGAGAUUGGUCUUUCAAAGGACGAGUGACAGACUUUUGAGUUGUCAAGUUGUUAUGAAUGCAGGAUGGCAACAAUAACCUUAAUAACAAUGAUAAUUACAUUACAAAAUAAAAUAUGCUCUUCUGUGUGUGAGAGAGAUGGAUAUAUAUACCACUUCCAAAAAAAAAGAUGCAUAAUUUACUCCGCAGAUUAUAAAGGGCGUUCCUAUCAGA